AUGAUCCUCAAAACCACUGCCUCACGAGGUAACGCCCGACUCGAAGUGGAUCAGGAAAUUGUCCAACUGAGAGAACGCCUCGAAUUCCUGAACUGCUAUCGCAAUUCUCUCGCCGCUUUGUCAUUUCUCCCAGACGAGAUCCUCUCGCAAAUCUUCUUUGAGUACGGUCGAAAUGUUGAGAUUCCCUUUCGGGGAACGUGGACGAAGCUCAUGCUUGUCUGCAAGAGAUGGAGACAAAUCGGUUUGAACCACGCCGUUCUGUGGUCUUUCAUAUCAUUGUCGCAGAGAAGCAAGGGCCUAACUCUUGACGAACGGCUACAGCGAUCCGCUCAGUGUCCGUUAACCCUCAACUUCUUCCUGUUACCUCGCCAGUCUUACAUCCCGAAUCGGAUCCUGUUGUCUCAUUCGAAUCGGACGCGCUAUUUGAACAUUUCAGCCACGGGGCCGGGUAUUAUUCGCGAUGUAUUCGAAGGCAUCGACGCUCUGCCCGCGGUGGCGGGUUUGACGCUUAUUACGUCUGUGACCAGCACCUACGAGCUCGAUCAGAGACUGCAAAGACAGGUCGCUCCUAAUCUGCGAUUACUUUGUCUUAUCAGAGUGGGGUUUCGUGCGUGGGACCUCGUGUCGAACCUAACCACACUCACUCUCCAAGGCUCAGAUGCUAUGGCGCCACUCCCGUCGUUCCGCGACAUUCUCUGCGUCCUUUCACGAUCACCACAUCUAACCGAACUGGUCUGGAAAAAAUACUGGAAUCAAGAUCCAGCCGAAUUAGACGGUUUCAAAGCGAUACCAUCCCUUGCCAUCCAGCUCAUUCAUCUCACCCUUCUCGAUGUCACGGCGUCCUUGCAAUGGAUGGAGUUGAUCAUUGAUAUCCUAAAGAUUCCACCCAUGGCAACUCUUAGCCUACUAGUACCAGACUCUUCCGAUGGAGAAUCGAUUAAACAUCUUCUUGUCUCCAUCAAACGCCACCUCCAUCGCCCCGGUGGCCCCGUCUUUCGCUCCACAGCACUUGGGCAUGAAGCUGGAGAGGGCUUCAGGCUCUCAGCACAUACAACGAGUUCCUGCCCCAUCAGGUCCGUGUCCCUACCAGGUACUCUAGCGCAAUUCAGCCUCCUCACCGGCGCCAAAACUCAACUUGAAAUCCGAUCGUCUCUUCGAAAGCUGAUCCAUGCCCUUCCCUUCGACUCGUCCUCCGUCAACCUCAACUCGUGUAUGCCCACAGACUUCACUUUACAAACGUGGCAGACGGUCGGGACGGUCUUACCUCAGUUAAAAGAGAUUCAAAUUGGCAUGGGACAUGACAUGGUGGCGAUGUUGAAGGGGUUCCUAUCUGUCCUUGAACAAGGCCCUCAAGACCUCCAUGGCCGCAGUGAAAGACGACUAGCGGAAAAGACGGUGGGGCUUCGUCCAUCCAAACUGGCCAUCAAUUUCUUGGUCUGGAGACAUCCCUCCAAUCCGGAGGGGAUAGCUGCGAGACCUCAACGCUUCUCUUGGUUCAACAGUCUACUCCACGCUCUCGAACGUUAUCGCGACUUGGAGACCGUCAAUAAGCCUGCAGGGGAAAAGUGGGAGGCGCUGGAAUUCGAGCGGCACCAGGGGAGCGAGGAGUAUGACAUGAUUCAACUCUAUAGGGAUAGAUUGCUCGAGGUGGCAAAAUCGUUGACUAUUGAUGGGGAGUUGUACGACCCGGUUAGGUGA